GAGAUCAGCUGUGAUUAUCUGGCAGCAGCACUGAAGUCCAACCCCUCCCAUCUGAGACAGCUGGACCUGAGCUACAACAACAAGCUGCAGGAUUCAGGAGUGAAGCAUCUGUGUGGUUUCCUGGAGAGUCCAGGAUGUGGACUUGAAACUCUGAGAUUGAGGAGCUGUGGUUUGUCAGAGAUCAGCUGUGAUUAUCUGGCAGCAGCACUGAAGUCCAACCCCUCCCAUCUGAGAGAGCUGGACCUGAGUAACAACAACAAGCUGCAGGAUUCAGGAGUGAAGCAUCUGUGUGGUUUCCUGGAGAGUCCAGGAUGUGGACUUGAAACUCUGAGAUUGAGGGGCUGUGGUUUGUCAGCGAUCAGCUGUGAUUAUCUGGCAGCAGCACUGAAGUCCAACCCCUCCCAUCUGAGAGAGCUGGACCUGAGUAACUACAACAAGCUGCAGGAUUCAGGAGUGAAGCAUCUGUGUGGUUUCCUGGAGAGUCCAGGAUGUGGACUUGAAACUCUGAGAUUGAGUUACUGUGGUUUGUCAGAGAUCAGCUGUGAUUAUCUGGCAGCAGCACUGAAGUCCAACCCCUCCCAUCUGAGAGAGCUGGACCUGAGUAACUACAACAAGCUGCAGGAUUCAGGAGUGAAGCAUCUGUGUGGUUUCCUGGAGAGUCCAGGAUGUGGACUUGAAACU